UUGCAGUAUUUGUAGGAAUAGCCUUCAUUACUCUUCUCUUAGUAAUUCGAAUUUUAUAAAUUGUUUUAAUCUCUCUUUAUUACAGAUUACAAAAGCAGAAAGUUGAAUAAUUAUGUUUAAGGAAUAGCUGAUACAAUGUUUUGUAAAGCUGCUAAACCCAUAGUUUUUUUGUUGAAACUCUUUUUGUUUGCUUCUAUUUUCAGGUAAUUUAUAUUUGCUGGGAUAUGCAGAGGUGGCUGUUGCACUGUCUGGGUUCACUUUCUGAACAACUAUAGCUGGGCAUGUAUAUCGGCAGGCCUGGAGAUUUUUUUCUGGAUUCUUUGUAAACCUGUUUUAUUGUUUUUUGUUUGUUUUAAAUCAGUGCUUAGUACAAAUGAAGCACUGCUUUAAAAGUGCCUAGCAUACCAAUCACAGCACUCAUGUAGUUAAUAUCAGAAGAAUGAGCCUAAACAUGUGGAAUAAAGGAAAGGUGCACUGGCAUGUGUUCUCCACAUUAGUAGAAUGGGAAUGUUUAAUAAGCUACAUUAGUAGCUACUAAUCUCCAGGACAACUAGUUGUCCCUCCCUUGGGCAGAAGAAUCCUGGCCGUGUGGUACCUGAGAUGUAAGAGGCACUGAAUAAAUAUCUGUUGUAUGAAGGAAUGAUCAGGGAGUUUAUUUUUAAACAAGGAAGAGACUUUGGCAGUUGAAAUAUCUUUAAAAUGAGACAGUUGAGUGUAUUCUAGAUGAGGGUAAAUUUAUAUUGUUAACGUUAAUUCCCUAAAUAAAAUCAUGAUAUUCUAUGCCCCUUUGAAAAUCAGAUUGCUUGUUUGAAGGCCCUUUUCAAUAAUAUGAUUAGAGCUCCAUUACAUUUCUCCUGUUCAGCAAACAGCAGGGAGAAUUGUUGGCAGCUCUGUAGAGGCCUGAGAAUGACUUCCCACAGAGUCUGAUUUGCCCAGGUUUCCUAAGGGAGAGCCUGAGUUGCUAGGUUUGCUGCUGACCCAGGGAUGCUCUGUGGGAGAAGUUAAACAAAGGGAGAGUCAGAGCCAGAGAAAUUUUAGGCAGCAGCACUGGUGUUUGACUGGGCUGCUUGUUCUAAAAAGUAGAUGACUGUGUUGUCCCCAAAGCCAACAGAAAUCAACAAUGCAGUUUUCUUCACUCUCGAUUCCUCCCUCUGUUCCAAUUUAAUAAAAGUCAGUAACCUUUUCAUCCCCUAGGCUGCCUGUUUUCAGAGUUUAAUAAGGAGGGCUCUUAUUUUUAAUCUUAUCCAGUAAUGCCAGAAUUCUGAUGCCCAAGAGUUCAAGUGAUUUCACUUAAAAUAGUUAUUUAAGAAACAUUUAUAGAACAUGAUGGCCUUUCAAUUGCUAUUUGUUCAGGUGGGUGUUUGUGAUUGAUAUUCGAGCUACCAAAUCUCAUUACAUUCAAGGAUUCCAUUUUUUCCCAAGUUCCUUUCUUUCUUCUUCUUUUUUUUUUUUUUUUUUUGAGAUGGGGAGUCUCACUCUGUCAUCCAGGUUGGAGUGCAAUGGCGUGAUCUCGGCUCACUGCAACCUCUGCCUCCUGGGUUCAAGCAAUUCUCCUGUCUCAGCCUCCUGAGUAGCUGGGACUACAGGCUUAUGCCACCAUGGCUGGCUAACUUUAGUAUUUGUAGUAGAGACAGGGUUUCACCACAUUGAUCAGGCUGGUCUCAAACUCCUGACCUUGUGAUCUGCCCGCUUCAGCCUCCCAGGGUCCUGGGAUUACAGGCAUGAGCCACCAUGCCCGACCUUUUCUUUCUCUUUUCUAAGGAGAGCUCAUGCUUAGAAUUAGAAUCAUUUGUGUUGGCAUUAUCCUCCUGUUGUGUGAAGCUAAGUACAGAGAAUGAUUGUAAUUGCAUUUUUUACAGUGAUAUCUUUAAUUCAUCUUUAUGAAUGAAUAUAGUUCUGGAAGUAAGUUCAAAAUGUAAAAAUCUCUAGUUCAAACAAAUAUUACCUUGAACGAAAUAAAUCUGUGAGAGUAACUAUUUCCUAAGACAAAUUAUUACAAAUUAGACAUGGAAGUCUGACCAGGAGAAAGGUCAUCUAGACCAGAAUCCAUUGCAGAGGUGGGAUGGUGGUAGAGAUGGCCUUUAUUUUAUUUUAUGUAUAUCAUUAUUAGACAGGUUUUGACUUUACUGUCAUUUCUUUAUUUGCAGUAUGCAGCAUUUUUUUAUACAGUGGAAAAAAAAAACAUUGUACUAUUCAUUUUGGUUGCUUUACCUCAGGGCCAGUGGAGAAUAUUUUAAAUAAGAUCUGUCCCUGAUCAUCUCGUCAUUUUUAUUUUUGUCACUUAAAGAUCUUAGACUUUCUUUUUUUUGGUAAAUUUUUGAGAGCUAUUGACUAGAAGGAUCUUAGACUUUAUAUUCUUAUUCCCACAAUCAUUAGGAACUCUAACUUUGAAGGGAGUAGAAAUGAAUAAAGGCAAACUGGCUUUCUAGGAACAAUACAAGUACAUUCUAUUUCAUGUUUCAUGAUGAUCUUUUGUCUCAGUAUGUUUCAUCAAAAGGAAGGAGCUUCAGAGGCUUUUUUCCUCAUUUUAAAAUGAGUUCAGUCUUAAUGCUGAGUGUUUUUACAUUUUUAUUAUGAAUAAAUGUUUAACUUAGGAGCAGCAGAUUGACCCAAAGGUACAGCAUUUGCCUUUAUAGUUUUUUGAGAUGCUAAUUUAGUCUCAGUUUUUUAACAUAUUCUAUUUCCUUUUUUCCUCCCUUAGAAUAGUAGAAUAAAGACCUUGUUUUGGUGAUGAGUUAGGAAGGAGAAGGCUUUAUUUUCUAGGUGCAUUUUUAUUGAGCUAGUGGCUGUUUGUGAGCCUUUGGGCAACUGUAAGGAUUUUCAGAGAUAAAGUAGAAAUUACUUUAUAGGUUGAUAAUUAUUCUUGUCCAGGUAAAAGUAAAGCUAAAAAGAUUUUUCACUUUUUUUCCCCAAAACUGUAGAAAAUAGAAAAACAGAGAGCCCAAUUACUUUCUGCUAGAACAUUUCCCAUGUUCUUGAUUGUAGAACAUGGGAAAAGCAGGGUCCUGUAUAUCCAAGUGACAUUAUGCUUGAUCCAGUAGGGAUGAAAUGGACAUCAGAGCAGAGUGGUUAAGAUAUUUCAUGUAAUUCAAGCAAUAUUUAUGGAAUGCCAGGAGAAAAAAGCAAGGGUUAGAUGCCAUGGCGAUGAUAAUAGUGAGGAAGACCCAGUUGUUGCUGAAAAUCAAAAAGUAUCUGAGACAGGUCUCAAUCAAUUUAGAAUUUUAUUUUACCAAAGAUAAGGAUGUGUGCCCAGGAGACAGAUCUGUGCCUUUCCCCAAAGAUGAUUUUGAGAGCUUCAAUACUUAAAAGGGAAAAGCAGCCUGGUGGGGGAAUGGGGAGGGCAUGGUCACAUUCCUGAAUUCACAUGUUGCAAAAGGAAAAGAGCCAGUAGGGGAAUAGUCAAGUAUUCAUCUCAUGCUCAGUAAAUCAGCACUUUAUAUAAGAUAAGGUGAACAUAGAGGUAAACAUAGAACCUGUAGAGAUAUUUAACUUUUUAUCUGUAGCUAUCUGCUUAGGAACAGAAGGUAAGGCAGCUUCUUGCAUGACUCAGUUUUCAGCUUAUUUUUUUUCUCUUUUAGCAUAGUGAAAUUAGGGUCCCAAGUUUUUAUUUUCCUUUCACAUUGCAUUCAAGUAGCUUUCAAUCUGAUGGAAUGAUUGCAUUGAGGUACAGUGUAAGUCAUGACAGGUCUAGAAUUAGUGUUUGUUGGGGAGGAGAGGAGGGAGGAUGGGGUUAAAGGAAGGCAAGAGGGAAUUCAGUUUGUGAGAACAGGAAAGAUUUCAUGAAGGCAAAAGCAUUUUAAAUGAACUUUGAAAGAAAUGAAAGGUUUCUACAAAGGAAAAGAGAAAGAAGAGUGUCCCACCUCGUUGGAAGAAACAAGCUGUGGAAGAGAGCUGGUUGAGAGUUGAUGUGUUUGGGAACAGUAAGUGGUUUAGUUUGAUUAUAGAGUAUAGGGUACACUUCAAGCCACCAAACAUUUGUUGAGUGCCUACUAUGUGUAUUAUUUGUAUUUUGAUAUUUCAGGGUACGGGAGGUGUACCUAAAUAUUCCUUUGGCCUAAGGGAGACGAAUCAGAAGAAAAGAGCUAUUGAAUAUGUGGAAAUGAAGGGGUAGUUUAUGAAAAGAAAACUGGAACUUGAAAGAAUUAAGAAUAAAAAUAGAAAGAGUUAGUUUUGGCAUCGAAUAAGGUCUGUCUUCCUCUGAGACUAUAAGGGAAUGAAGGAGAUGGUAGAAAGUCAGAGAAUUGUGAAGGCCUUUGAGCUUUAUUAUACAUGUGGGAUUGAUCCAUAAAUUAACAAACAUUUAUUGAGGCUCUAUUAUACCAAGUAGGCACUGAGAAAGCAAAAACAUGGUCUUAAUCUAAUCUCUGUUGAUUCUUUUCCCUCUGUCAACUUUUUAAUUUUUUAAUUUUGUUUUUAGACAGAGUCUUGCUGUGUCACCCAGGCUGAUCUUGGCUCACUGCAGCCUCCGCCUCCUGGGUUCAAGCAAUUCUUGCGCUUCAGCCUCCUGAGUAACUGGGACUACAGGUACCUGCUACCAUGCCUGGCUAAGUUUUGUAUUUUUAGUAGAGAUGGGGUUUCACCAUGUUGACCAGGCUUGUCUCAAACUGCUGGCCUCAAGUGAUCUGCCUGCCUGGGACUAUAGCAGUCAGCCACUGCAUCUGGCCCCCUCUGCCAGUUCUUUGAAUGCAGUGGCCAGCGGGCACAUAUUGAUUAUCUUUUUUUUUUUUUUUUUAGUGGGCUAAGCAAGUUAAGCCUGGAAAUUUUUUUUUUUUUUUAAUCUUCUACAGUGUCUAAAAUGUGAUUUCUUGAAUAUGAUAGGGGACCAGUAAAUGUUUAUUGAAUUUGUUAAACAUGUGCUUUGAAUGAAGAGAUUCCCCAAACAGCAUUUGUGUGAUCGACAUGGCUGUUUAUUCACCCAGGUGCAGGUGGGCUGAGUCCAAAAAGAUAGUCAGCUCAGGGAGGUGGAAGAGGGGUUGGUUUUAUAGGUUUGGGGUAGGCAUUGGAAAGUUAUAUAAGUUACAGGUCAGGGCAGCUUUUGCAAGCUGGGAGGGGGUCGUAGGGUCUGGAGGCACGAGGUUGACCAAGGUCAGUUACAAAGUCCAGUUGCCUUAUCAGUUGAGGCAGGAAUAAGGAACAACAGAAGAAUGUCUCAAAGUUAAUUAGGUGCCGCAGGGGUUGAUCAUUUCUUCUCCUUUUGUGGUUUUCCAGUUACUUCAGACUUUCUAGUUCCAGGAACUCAUCUGGAGUGUAUGUGCAGGUCGCAGAGGUCACCAUGCCAUCCAUGGCAUGGUCAGUUGGACUAAAAACCCUUACAGAAUUGUUGAAUGGCUUGAAGUCUAAUCUGAAUAAUUUUUCUUUAUUCUUUAAAUAUUUCUGAGUAUUUGAUAGAGCUCUUAGCAUUAUUAGAGUUCUCACUAGCCCAAAAGUGACUUGAUUUAGAGAAAACAUGAACUAGAUUUGAGUCAAGACUGGGGCUGUACCCUCUGCCAUUUGCCAGCUAUGUGAUUUUGAGAAAAUUGCUUUAUAUAAAUGGACCUCAAUUUCUUAAUGUCAUGGUAAUAAUACCCAUAUUGCCUACUUCAAAAUGUUGCCUGAGAAGCCGCGGGACUUGGCGCGCAUGCAGGAAUCAGCAGCAGGUUGGCAUAUGAGAGGUUUUCUUGCUCUAGAACCUCAUAGAAAAUUCUCAGGGAGAUUCUUCAAGCAACCACUAUGUCAGCAGACCCAGAAAUUUCCCUUUCUUCAUAUGAUGAAGAUCAGGGAUCCAAACUUAUUCAAAAAGCUAAAAAGGCACCAUUCAUGCCCAUUGGAAUGGCAGGUUUUGCAGCAAUUGUUGCAUAUGGGUUAUACAAAUUGAAGAGCAGGGGAAAUACUAAAAUGUCUGUUCAUCUGAUCCACAUGCAUGUGGCAGCCCAGGGCUUUGUUGUAGGAGCAGUGACUGUUGGUAUGGGCUAUCCCGUGUAUCGGGAAUACUGGUCAAAACCUAAGCCUUAGAAGAAGAGAUGCUGUCUUGGUCUUGUUGGAGGAGCUUACUUUAGUUAGGCAUCUCUUUAUUGAAGUUAUGUAUUGUUGAAAAUAAACUAAUUUGUAUGGGUUUAGAUGGUAAAAUGGCAUUUUGAAUAUUGGCUUCCUUUCUUGCAGGCUUGAUUUGCCUGGUGUGACUGCAUUAGUAGUGGCUAGUUUACUAACUAGGUCAUUCAAGGAAGUCAAAUUGAAAGAAACGUGUCACCUAAAUGCACUUGAUGAUGUUGAAGUGUCCACCUUCUUAAAUCGUUCAGCUGAACUUAGUUCUAAAGAAAAUAACAGGCCAACCCUGAAGUAAUCCCAGUUUGCUGCAGAAUCUCAGAUGUUUUGGCUGUUAUAUAAGAGUUCUAUUUGCCCCAGUCAAUUUAACUUUUUUCUGCCUGUUUUGUGGACAGGCCGGCCCUUUUAGAACUCUGUCCAAAGAGUUCAUGGAUUCUAACUUGUAAAGCUCUCCACAACUAACAAUACGUAUAUGUGCGUGUGUUUAAACCAAAUGUAGAAAGCUUACAGUAGAGCUGCAUAAUAGUAGUAUUUAUUAAAGAAUCUCAGUUGUAAACAUAAGAAUAACUUACAGAUUCUAAUUUAGUUCUUGUGUAACUAUGAAUUAUAUUUUUGCUGCUGUUAUAUUAGAAUAAAUUUUGAAUGUCAUCUUGAAAUAGAAAUAUGUAUUUUAAGCACUCAUAGCAAAGGUAAAUAAACACUUUUUAAGUGUGUGCAAAUGGGUUUGAUUAAUGACUUAAGAGCAAGCUGGUUUGGCCAGACAGUAUACCCAAACUUUUAUAUAGUACAGAAUGCUAUUACACUGGUGAAAUGCUCUUGUCUAAACUGAAUUUACAUUCCAUCAUGAUAACAUGGUAUAUGUAUUGUCAUUAAAGUAAGCGACCCAUCAAAAAAAAAUGUUGCCUAAGACUUAUGAUAUAAUUUUAUGUGAAGGAGCUUUGAAAAUCAGAAAAGAUCUAUGUAAGGUAUUGAAAUUAUUAGACCUUUCUUCUUCAGAAUCAGGUAUUCUAUUCGGAUUUAUAAUUUAAUUAUUUAACAUUUUAAUAUUUCUUAAGUAAUUUAGUUUCAUCUUAGAGUAGAGAAAGAUUUCAUGUGGAUGGUUGGUUGAUAGGAGAGUCUUGUGGAGGCAUAAUUAAGGCAGAUUUAUGCACAUUUUAAUGAGUGCUUUACUCUUCUAUUUUCACUCCCCCAACACUACUUAAUAAGCUCCAAUUUGGUAUUGAGAAUGUUUAAGGCUGCAUGCAUUGUUUAUGUUACUUAGAAAUCCUCUUGCCAUCCACUGAGAGUAAGAGGCUGGUAGUUAGUAAUAUGAGUGAAAGAAACCCUGUUUGUUCGAAUUGCUCUAAUUAGGAAAUGGGGAAGCCCUCAGUCUUAAUUAUUGAAGUUUAAGGCUCCUAGAAAUUAAUAAUGGAAUAUCUUAUCUGGGACCGUGUUUUAAACUCAAAAUAGAGACUUUCUGUUUAUUGAAUGCCAGAUGCAUGAGUAUAAAUUUACAUUAGAUUCGCAGAUAAUACUGAUCCUGGAUCUUGUCU